UUUCCCGAGACUACGAUGAAUAAAAUAAUAUUCAGAAAUUUUUUCCUCCCAUCCAGUAGGUGGCGUGCUUUACCGUUUCUAUUCAUAGAAAGCGGUAUCCUGUCUGCGACGUCAGCAUAUUUGACCAACUCUGCAGCUACUUGGGAAGACUUUCAACUGAGAAGUUGGAAAAAUUGCAAAAAUGAGGGGAAGACUGACUACUUUGCCCGGAAGCGCCUGGUCAUACAAGACAAGAACAAGUACAACACUCCCAAGUACAGGAUGAUCGUGAGGUUCUCCAACAGAGAUAUCUGCUGUCAGAUCGCUUACGCCAAGAUUGAGGGUGACCAGAUUGUCAGUGCCGCCUACUCCCAUGAACUGCCAAAGUACGGCAUCACAGUGGGACUGACAAACUACGCUGCAGCCUACUGCACAGGCCUACUGCUGGCUCGCAGGCUGCUGAACAAGUUUGGCCUGGACCAGGUGUACGAGGGCCAGGUGGAGGUGACGGGAGAUGAGUUCAACGUGGAGAGUAUAGACGGCCAGCCGGGGGCCUUCACGUGUUUUCUAGACGCCGGGCUCGCCAGGACGUCGACGGGCAACAAAGUGUUUGGAGCACUAAAGGGCGCCGUUGACGGUGGCCUCUCAAUUCCUCACAGCACGAAACGUUUCCCAGGCUACGACAUGGAGAGCAAAGAGUUCAACGCAGAGAUGCAUCGCAAACACAUCAUGGGCAUGAACGUGUCGGACUACAUGAGCUACCUGAUGGGGGAGGACGAAGACGCCUACAAGAAACAGUUCUCCCGCUUCAUAAAGAACGGAGUCACUCCAGACACGGUAGAGCAGAUGUACAAGAAAGCACACGCCACCAUUAGAGAGAACCCAGUCCACGAAAAGAAACCCAAAAAAGACGUCAAGAAGAAGAGGUGGAACCGCGCCAAACUCUCGUUGGCACAGAGAAAGGACCGCGUCGCCCAGAAAAAGGCCAGCUUUCUACGAGCACAGGAAGCAGAGGCGGCGGACGGUUAGACGGACCACUGGCUUAAUAAAUGUAUUGCAAAUGA